UUAUUACUGCACUCUCGGGUAGAUGCUGUGUGCGUUAGAACAGCCGCUGCCGGCCAAUCGGAUUCUGAGUUCUACCGCUACAUUCUACAGUCGACUUUCAUCCUCCGGGGCGUGUGGGUCUUCGUGGGGAAAGAAAAUGCAGCCUAGGUACAGUGUCUUGGCGUCCGCGACCUUAGCGGCGUGGUAUCUCACCGUGUGGCAGGCGUGCGUGUGCGGCAAAUCCUUAGUAGCGCCGUCGGAGCUAAACUCCCUCGGUGCAGGAUCCCGGCAGGAUCCCGCAGGCAACAGUGUGCUGGCAAGUGCGACGGAAUCGUUCACCACGGAGAGGGAGGACAUUGCAACGAACGCCCCAACGACGACUACUAUCAGCGCGUCCGGUAACGAGGUGCCGUACGAUGACAUACCCACCUUCAACCGCAAGCAGGUGUCGUUGGAUCUGCCGGGUGAUUUGUUUUCCUCCACCGCCAAUCUAACGCUCAGCUUGCGUAACUUUAUCGCCGAUUUAAUAACGCGUACCUCGGUGCGUAUUGCGCAGGUGGUACGGUUCUUUCAGCCCCUGUUCGGAUACCAUCUGAUGAUUGACAUCCCGAAGGAGCUGGAUGUUUAA